AUGGCGGAGCUGGAGGAUUUAGAGUUCGGCAAGUCGGACUUCGUUCUGCUGGACGAGGUCACCAUGGAGCAGUUCCUGGAGAACCUCAAGCUCAGGUUCGAGAAGGGCCGGAUUUACACCUUCAUCGGAGAGGUGGUGGUGUCGGUCAACCCCUACAGGCAGAUGGACAUCUACGGCACGGCGGUCAUCGACGCGUACAGAGGAAGGGAGCUGUACGAAAACCCGCCUCACCUCUACGCCGUGGCUGACGCGGCCUACAAGGCCAUGAAGAGACGAGCUAAAGAUACCUGCAUCGUCAUCUCAGGUGAAAGUGGAGCAGGAAAGACUGAAGCCAGCAAAUACAUCAUGCAGUACAUCGCAGCCAUAACUAAUCCCAGCCAGAGGGCGGAGGUCGAGAGCGUGAAGAACGUCCUCCUGAAAUCCAACUGUGUGCUGGAGGCAUUCGGAAACGCCAAGACAAACCGUAACGACAACUCCAGCCGAUUCGGGAAGUACAUGGACAUCAACUUCAACUUCAAUGGCGACCCGACCGGCGGACACAUCAACAACUACCUACUGGAGAAGUCCAGGGUCAUCAAGCAACAUGAAGGAGAGAGAAACUUUCACUCCUUUUACCAGUUAUUACGUGGAGGAUCUGCUGAACUCUUAAAGUCACUUCAUCUGAACAACAAUCCUGCAGAGUAUGUUUACACCAAACAGGGAGCUUCAGUUACUAUGUCCUCCACAGAUGACCGCUCCUGUUACCGGGCGGUGUCGAGCGCUCUGAAGGUGAUCGGCUUCAGUCAGGAGGAGAUCGGCUCCGUCUACAAGAUCCUCGCCACCAUCCUCCUCCUGGGUAACGUGCAGUUCGAAAGUACCGGUGAGAGUGUGAACGUGCUGGGAGGUGAAGUGGUGAAGCACAUCUCUGACCUCACGUCCUCAGACGAGGACAGCGUGUUAAAAGCCCUGCUGUACCGCACCGUGGCCACCGGGGGCGGAGAGGUCAUCGCCAAGGGUCACAGCCAACAGGAGGCCAGUUACGGUCGGGAAGCCUUCGCCAAGGCUCUGUACGAGCGCUUGUUCGGCUGGAUCGUCGGGAGGAUUAACAGCGUCAUCGAGGUGAAAAACUACAACCCGGCUCUGCACGGCAAAAACACGGUGAUCGGGGUGCUGGACAUCUACGGCUUCGAGAUCUUCGACAACAACAGUUUUGAGCAGUUCUGCAUUAAUUACUGCAACGAGAAGCUGCAGCAGCUCUUCAUCGAGCUCAUCCUGAGACAGGAACAGGAGGAGUAUCACAGAGAGGGCAUCACCUGGCAACACAUCGAAUACUUCAAUAAUCAGAUCAUCGUGGAUCUGGUGGAACAAGCUCACAAAGGGAUCAUCUCCAUCCUGGACGAGGCCUGUCUCACCGCCGGGAACGUCACGGACACCGUCUGUCUGGAGAGCAUGAACAACAAGCUGGCCCAGCACCCUCACUACACCUCACGCAAGUUGUCCCCCACAGACAAGAGCUUGGAGUUCAACCGCCACUUCCGCAUCCGACACUACGCCGGCGACGUCACGUACUCGGUGGAGGGGUUUCUGAACAAGAACAAGGACCCGCUGUUCCAGGAUUUCAAACGUCUGAUGUUUAACAGUUCAGACCCGGUGAUCAGAGACAUGUGGCCCGACGGGAAACUGGGCAUCACCGAGGUGACUAAGCGGCCGCUCACUGCUGCCACGCUCUUCAAGAACUCCAUCAUCGCUCUGAUCGACAAACUGGCCUGUAAGGAGCCGUACUACGUGCGCUGCGUCAAACCCAACGAGGUGAAGUCGGCCGUGCUGUUCGACGAGGCGCGCUGCCGCCACCAGGUGGCGUACCUGGGCCUGCUGGAGAACGUACGUGUACGCAGAGCCGGCUUCGCCUACAGGCAGCCCUACGAACGCUUCCUACAGAGGUACAAGAUGACGUGCGAGUACACCUGGCCCAAUCACCUGAUGGCGAGCGACCGCGAGGCGGUGGAGGCCAUCAUCGUGCAGCACCGGUUCGAGGAGGACGUGGCGUACGGGCACACCAAGCUGUUCGUGAGGACGCCACGCUCCCUCUUCACCCUGGAGCAGGAGAGACUCACGCUCAUCCCCAUCCUCGUCCUCUUCCUGCAGAAGGUGUGGCGCGGGGCGUUGGCGCGGAUGCGGUGCCGGCGCAUGAGGGCCGUCUACGCCAUCAUGGGCUGCUACAAGCUCUACAAGGUGAAGGCUCACUUCUGGGAGGUGGAGCGGCGCUUCGCCAACGUGCGCAACAUGUCCGACUACGGGAAGAGCGUGGAGUGGCCGACUCCGCCCGCCGCCCUGUGCCAGUUCCACCGGAUCACGCAGCACCUCUAUCGCAGGUGGAGGGCGAGACAGAUCGUGAAGAACAUCCCACCCUCGGAUAUGGCGGAGGUGAGGGCGAAGGUGGCAGCGAUGGGCGCUCUGAGAGGAGAGAGAGUAGAUUGGGGACACAGCCGAGCCUGGGAGAGAGACUACCUGUCCAACACGAAAGACUCUCCAACAACCAGCUCCAAUUUUAUGCGAAUCCUCAAAGAGCUGAAGAACAAAGAUCAGUUCGGCCAAGUGCUCUUCUCAAGCUUCGUCAGGAUGCUGAACUGGUUCAACAACACGAAGGACCGAGCGCUUCUCAUCACCGACAGACACGUCUACAGACUGGAGCCCAAAAAACACUUCAAAGUGCAGAAACGGAUAGCACUGGAGACUGUCACCGGUUUGAGUGUAACCAGUGGAACGGACCAGAUGGUGGCGCUACACACCGCGUCCCAGGAUGACGUGUUGGUGCACCUGCAGAGGGGUCAGCUGGGGUCGAAUCAGGACCGCACGGGGGAACUGGUCGGGACGCUGUGUGAUCAUUUCUCACGGGUGAGAAAAACCCCUCUGAACGUGAACGUUUGCUCCGCCGGCCUGCAGGUUCACAUCAGCGGCAAACCCAAGACCGUAACCGUGGAAACGAGAGCCGGACAGACCGUGUCCGACUUCAAAAAGACUCGGGCGGGGUUUACGUUACUGCUCCCGCCUCAGUGAGACGCGGCGAGGACGAGGACGAGGACGAACACCACUCCAGAGGAACCCCUCAGUGUAUCGUAAUAAAUAUGGUUUAUUAAAGAUGAAAGGAUUCACGUGUAA